UUGCUUGCUGAUUGGUCACGUUUUGGUAACGUUAUUUGUUACGUCAUAUUCAGGGCGGCUUUACUUUGACCUGCCCCUUGUGCUCUUCGAGACAAGCUUUAUACGUAACAAUAGUGAUUCGUGUUCUGGUGAUAAUAUAGGGUUUAUCGACCUAUGGCCGCCAAAAUUGGUUAUUCUGUCUUUAUAUUUGGUGUUCCCGACAUUUUGUAAACAUUCCGCCGAAAAAGCGAAGACGGUUUAACCCUCUCACUGGAAUUUCUUCUCGGAAAUCGAGACUCAUCAGACCAGGCAACAUUUUUCCAGUCUUCAACUGUCCAAUUUUGCUGCCUGUGACUCGUCAGACCUGCGCAGGAGCGGUUGUGUGCCGUGAGCAGCUGGACUUUAACGCUGAGCCCCCUUGGGAUCCUAGCUGAUAACAGGAGGGGUCUGGCUUUCGACCUCACUCUUGGAUAUCGCUAGGACCCAGGAGCUGUGAGGGCUUUGCUAAAUCGUUGCGCUGCUUUAUGACCGUGCUGUCCUGGGCUUGUGGAUGAGGAUGAAGGCCAUGCUAGAUGAAUUGCUCUGUUCUGUCGAGCUGCUCGAAGGAGACACUGCUCUUCGCGAUGUGAUCAAUAAACACAUCUCUGACCAAACUCAAGCACAAAAGAGUGCGUUCUUCGUGGCGGAUAUCGGAGCCAUCAUCUGGCAGCAGAUCCGAUGGAAAACUCACAUGGAGCAGGUUCGACCUUUCUAUGACGUUAAGUGUAACAGCAGUGCUGUGGUGGUCGAGAUCCUGGCUGCACUGGGGACCGGCUUUGUCUGCUCCAGCAAGCACGAAUUGGACUUGGUGAAGAGCUUCGGUGUCCCGGCUCAAGAUGUCAUCCUAGGUGGAGCCUGCAAGCAACUAUCGCUCAUUAAAUAUGCUGCUAAACUCGGCAUCCGGCUGCUGGUGUGCGACAACGAGGCCGAGAUGAGAAAGAUCGCACGCUCCCAUCCAAAUGCAAAGCUGCUGAUGCAGGUGUACACAGCAGGCUGCUGCGAGCAUGAGGAGACGGCCAUGCCGUUCGGCUGCACGCUCAAGGACUGUAGGCACCUGCUGGAGUGCGCAAAGGAGCUCAGCCUGAACGUAACCGGUGUCAAGUUUCAUGUCCCCAGCUGCUGCUCUGAGCCCGAGGACUUUGCUCACGCUGUGUCAGAUGCACGCUGUGUGUUCGACAUGGGGGAGAAACUUGGCUUUGCCAUGAACGUCCUAGACAUUGGUGGAGGCUUCGGCGGAACCGAAACUCAGUUAGAAAAGGUGAAAAGAGCUUUGAAACCCAUGCUGGAAGCGUACUUCCCUCAUUCGACUCCUGUGUCCGUCAUCGCAGAACCUGGAGCCUAUUACGUGUCUGCUGCUUUCUCACUGGCCGUGAGCAUCAUCUCAAAGAAAAUGGCAGCUCAGGGUGCCAGGCAUCAUACACCGAAUACACUGUCUGCAAAUGUUGAGCCAGAGUUCACGUACUGUCUGAACGAUGGCGUGUUUGGCUCUUUUGCUUGUAAACUUUUGGACGAAUCUGUUCCUGUUCCGUCUCUACUCAAGGAGAUCUCUGCCACGGAGCCGUUCUUCUCCAGCAGUCUAUGGGGCAACACAAACGAUGAUCUGGACCAGGUCCUAGAGUCCUGUCUUCUCCCAGAGCUCAGUGUUGGAGACUGGCUGGUGUUUAACCACAUCGGGGCCAACAGUCUCAGGGUAACGGGAGAGCCGAUGCCUCCCGUUCACUACAUCAUCUCUGCAAAAGACUGGUACGAGAUCCAAAACUACGGCGUCACACUGGACACAGCCCUGAAGAACUUGUGUCUGGUCCCAUGUUUCCAGAAGCCCAGUCUGAGCGAGAGCGCCAUCUCCACUCCAGCUUAGCGAAGCAAAGAUUCCCUGUUUCCUCUACAGCUGCUACAGUGGCCUCGCUGGCUAAUUUAAUAAAAUAAAAUAAAAACAACUUCUGCACACUUUUCGGACCAGAGAACAAUGGGGGGAAAAAAGGGUUCAGAAAGGUUAUUGGUUAUUGGGGUUUAGUUGUUAGUUUGGUGGAUCAAGGGUUAGUGUGGAGUAUUUAAUUCAGUUUUAUAAAAUAUAUACACAUACUCUAUGUAAUAAUAUUUCCUGCAAGGCAAAUUUGGAUGUUAUUUAUUAAAUAGGAAGCCUCAUAUCAAUUUUUUUUUGGUUGUUAAAGAACCAUGUAUUUAUGAUGCUGAGAAGUGAGCAGAAAGCCUCAUGUGCCUGAACUUUUUUUUUUCUUUUCUUUUUUUUAAGAAUGAUUUAAAUCCAACUCUCUGUUCUGAUAAACAUCUAUAAAAAUGUUCAUCGCCCUGACCAACAUAAAUGGAGUUUUAGAUGUCCCGCACUUAGAAACACGAGUAAUAAAUAAAUACCUAGAAGGAUUUAAAGCUGACAAAACGGUCUCUUCACAGGGUGGGAUUAGUAUUGCUGAUGUACAGUAUAGUAAGGAUAUGCACAAGAAGAUUGCUGCACUCAUUCCCUACUCUGAAUUUUUUUUUUGCUUUCAUAUCCAGGAUGUUUUAGGAAUUUGGAGAGCUAUGACACUGUGAAAAUGACUCGCUGCAAAGUUUGAUCAUAACAGAACUCCAAUAUUGUAUACAGUCGCAUGGUUCAUUUUUAGCAAGGUCUUGGGGCAGAUGAAUUAAUUCCGUCUUAUCUUGUUUUGUAUGUAUGUCAAGCUUCUAGGCAUGUGCUGAUUUAAAAAUUUCCUUAUCACCAAAAUCACUGCAAGUCACAUCUGUGUGAACAUCUGGAAUAGAUUGCGAAUCUUAAAUCUGGUUAAUGAGUUAAUAAUAAUAA